UGACAAGCCAGGCUUUUCCUUUGUCCAGGGCGGAAUCUCCGCAAGGCGGGGGCGUGGGGGGCGCAAAGGAGGGUUUUCAGGUCGAUCGGGAUGAGCCGCAAGUGGGGAUUUGGAGAAGCGCUGUUGGCGGUGGCUUUGACCUGUUGUGUUGGUUGCGGGCAGCUCGUUGCGGACGCAACCCGAGACUUUGUGCGGAACAAAGGGAAGAUGAAUGUUCUCUUGAUUAUUGCUGAUGAUCUGCGCACUAGUCUGGGAUGCUAUGGUGAUCCGAUUGUGAAAUCGCCAAAUAUUGAUCAACUUGCCUCAAAGAGUGUUGUUUUCAAAAAUGCAUUUGCCCAACAAGCUUUAUGUGGGCCCAGCAGGACAUCAUUUCUGACCAGUCGCAGACCUGAUACCACUCGUCUUUAUGAUCACAAUUCUUACUGGAGGGCGCACGCUGGGAACUACACCACACUCCCUCAAUAUUUGAAGAUGCACGGCUACUUCACCUUGUCAGUGGGAAAGGUCUUUCAUCCAGGGAUUGUAUCCAAUCAUACAGAUGAUUAUCCUUACAGCUGGUCCAUUCCUCCGUUUCAUCCUUCAACACAGAAAUAUAAAAACGCAAAGGUCUGCAAAGGACCAGAUGGCAAAAAGCAUGCAAACCUAGUUUGCCCAGUGGAUGUUGAGGAAAUGCCAGAACGCACACUGCCUGAUAUGCAGAGUACUGAAGAGGCAAUUCGGUUACUGAAAAGUGUAAAAAGCCUGGAAAGCCCUUUCUUUUUGGCUGUUGGUUAUCAUAAGCCGCACAUUCCACUGAAAUAUCCCAAGGAAUUUUUAAAAUUAUAUCCACCUGAUAAAAUCCCCCUAGCACCUGAUCCCAAAAUCCCACCAAAACUACCCCAAGUGGCAUAUAAUCCAUGGACUGACCUAAGAGAAAGAGAUGACGUGAAGGCCCUCAACAUAAGUUUUCCAUAUGGACCCAUUCCUGAUGACUUUCAGGUGCUGAUUCGCCAGAGUUACUUUGCUGCCGUCUCCUAUAUGGAUACUCAAGUCGGCAAACUACUGAGCACACUGGAUGAGCAGGAGCUGUCCAAUAAUACAAUUGUUGUGUUUACUGCUGACCAUGGUUGGGCACUAGGGGAACAUGGAGAAUGGGCUAAGUACAGCAACUUUGAUAUAGCCACUCGUGUCCCUUUGAUGUUUUACGUACCAGGAAUGACCGAAGCUUUUCCCCUUCUGGGUCAAAGGAUGUUUCCUUUUAUUAACCCCUUUACUAAUAAAGUGGGGAAAUUGCCUGCAGGGUUGACGAGGGAUGUCAUCGUGGAAUUAGUAGGCCUCUUCCCAACACUCUGCCAAGUUCUCGGGUUACCCCGCCCUCCGAGGUGUCCAGCGUCGUCUUUUCAUGUAGACCUAUGUACUGAGGGGCAGAGCAUGGCCAAGUAUUUACACUCUGAUGCCAAAGGUACGAACCACGAAUCAAUCGCCUACAGCCAAUAUCCCCGGCCAGCGGACACACCCCAGCUGAACUCUGACCUCCCUUUGCUGAAGGACAUUCGAGUCAUGGGAUACUCUAUCCGUUCUGUUGACUACAGGUACACGGAAUGGGUUGGUUAUAAUGCAUCCACGUUCAGUGCCAAUCUCAGUGACAUUCAUGCCGGCGAGCUUUAUCUUUACAAAACUGAUCCAGGAGAGGAUAACAACUUGUAUAACAACACUGAGUUUGCUAGGGUGGCACAAAAACUUUCAGCCUUAUUUAAAACCAAGGAUUUCACAGUCAUUUGUUUGACGUGAUUUUGCACUAUCAUUUUACACUGAAAUAUGCUGAUGGGGCAACUGCCGGAAUGAUGAUUACCCAAUUUUUGUCUGCCACUCUUUAUUUUAAUGAAGAAACCUUUUGAAUUCAAUACUGCUUUUAUUUAGCCAAUGUUUGCAGCAGUAAUUUUAUGCCCUUGAGGUGAGUCAGAAAUAAAUUGCAUUUGUAUAGCACCUUGGAUGCCCCAAAGUGCUUCAUA